AAAGUAAAUGGUCUCGUUGUAUGCCUUUCCUUUCCAUAUUUGGGGUUCUUCACAGAGCGCCAGAGAUGGGAUGGGACUAGAGAGAGAGAGAGAGAGAGAGAGAGAGAGAGAGAGAUCGCAAAGGAGAUGGAAGGAAUCGCAUCGAUAGCCCUCCUGCCCUCUGGUUCAAUCUCUGGCCAUUUUAUCACUUCUCACUCUGUUUGCUAUGGGCUCCAUGGCGUUGAAUUGGCAUGCGAAAGGGAGUGCAGCAGAGGCGAGGAUUAUCGCUUAAUCAAGCUUACAUUCUCUGAUUACCUUACCAAGAAAGAGAAAGAGGUUAUAGUAGAGUGCCGAGGGCAUGAUGCUGCUCGUUUCCGUAAUGUUGAUCACGCGCACGGUUGGGAAGAGGAUGUGAUUGGUAUAGUUGAGAAGAAAGAAGAGAAAGAUGAGAUUUCAGUAUAUUUCGACUGUGAAACAUUGAAGUCUGAUGAGGCAGCGGAGGAUCAUAUCAAAAAGUUUAUGCCCAAGUUGGUUGGACUUGAUGCUGUUGUGAACAUUGGCACAAUGAGAAUUGAAGGCCUAGAUUUCAAGUUGGUAGAAGAAGAAUCCUCUGACAAGAGUAAUGCACAAUCCUGAAGACUGCGAUAGGGCUUGAAAAUGGAGUGAAAGUUGUUUUGCCUUGAUUAGAGGAGCCUUAUUGGGAAUAUAGAAAAACUAGUAUAUAGGCAAUAUGUUUAUCCAAUGUUUAAAUUGAGCAUAGCUUUACAUGAAGGAUGCACCUGUAUAUAGAAGGGCAUUGUAUUCUAUGAGAUCAUGGGACAAUUAAGGGUGUAUUCGGAUUACAGUUAUUCUUCUCAGAAGUAGACCAUUUUAUUUGAAAUUAAUGUACAUCGUAUAAAGUUAUUUCGUUCACUCUUUGGUA